UAUAGUUGACAAUUAUUAUUUAAAACAAAACAUGAAAUUUCCAAAAUGCCAGGCCAAGGGAUGUAAGAACAGAUCUAUCUUCUACCUGACUUGUUCUGGCAAGUAUGUCUGUAGCGAUGAUAAGGCAGCUAGAUAUAAUGAAUAUGCUGUUGAUCUUGAUGAAGAAUGUAUUCCACUCAUUACUCCAGAGCCCGUCAAAGCACUGUUGAGAACCAUCAAUCAGUGUAGAAAAGAAUUAGAGUUCUCUCCAUUCACAUUUGGGCAUCUUUCGACUCCUGAGGAGUAUGAAGGUCUGAACCUAACGAUUAAAGGACACAUAGAAGAUAUCCUCAUACAACUUGAGGCUGCUCAGAGAAAAUAAAACCUACUAUAUGUUUGAAUGUCUCUUACAGCAAGCCAAGAAGGUAGAGAAGAUACUUACUCAAGAUAAGAUUUUCCAGAAAUAUGCUGUUAUAAAGUUAUGGAAAGAAGCUGAAUCUGCAAUUACAGGCGAUCUUCAAGUAAACAGUGCUUCAAUAUCCGAACAGCUAAUUGAGGAAUCCAAAAAUCCCCAAAAUUUUCUUCUUCCUUAUAAUUUCCAAAGCAACCCUUUGCUUGAAGAGAUCUUGAUUCUGCAGAGAUCCAAGCACUUGUCUCAUCUAGAGCAGACCGUCAGCCAGCUUAAGACUCAAAGGAGAGGUGUCCAGUCGGACCAUCAAAAAUUAAUCUCAGAGCUCCAAUCAAAGAGGACAAGGAAGAAACUUAAGAUUAGGAAUCUGAGACUCAAUCUUAAGGCACAGAUAAAAGAAAAGAGUAAAGCACAAGAAGAAUAUAAGAAUUCCUUGAAGUCUAAGCAAAGAGAUAUAGCAGAAAUGCAGAAGGUUAUUGGCAAGCUUGAAGAAGAAAGCAAAUAAGAGCGAAAUUGAAAAUUUCAGGCUGAAGCAAAGUAUCUCGGACGGAAUUGAGACUCUUAAAAGAGAACGUCUAGAAAACCAGGCUGUAAGAGUCAGAGACAACAUUCUGUACCAAAGAGCCAAGCAAAAGCUCUUAUUUGUGAUUGAUGAAUACACUUAUACUGAGACUAGUUUCCUUUACAAACAUAUAAACUCAUUGCUUGAAGAGAGCUCAAUAGUAAAAGAUUUCCUGCAGUUCUAUUUCCCCAAGAAUUUAGAUGGGCUGAACUUUAACGAUAAUUCUAUUUUAAGUGAUGAAUUGGACGAGUAUGCUAACCAGCUAGUUGAAGUGAGCAGCAGAGUUGGGAUCGAGGUGAGAAUAGCUAAUUUUAAAAUUAGUCAGGAGAACUUAAUUGCCCUACUUUCAGCCUAUAAGCACAAGCGGUCUUUCACAUUCGAUUCAUGAAUCCUGGAUCUUUCCUCUGUGCCUUGCUUCUUGGGGGCUCUUAAGGGAUGUCUGAUACAGGAACUCUACCUGACCGGCUGCGGUCACUGCUCUAGAUCUGACUGGGCAGAGCAGCCCAGUCAGAUAGAGAAUUUGGUGGCAGGCCUCGCACAAGAAGAGGACUUGAAAGAGAGUCUGAAGGUGAUCGGCCUUGAGAAAUGAGGGAUUGAGCAAGAGAAAGCAGAGCAGAUUGUGAAGGAAAAUGGGCUGGAAGAUGUCAUUGUGCUAAUGUGGUAAAGUUAUUAGUGAAGAGAAUGGCGCUUUUGUAAUCAA